CACAUUUACAUGACAACCACACUAACAAGGAGAUUAUUGUAUUCAGCUUGGGUAGUACGUGGAAAAUGAAUUGGUGUAGGCCUAAUGCGGGCUAGGCCUAGGCUUAAUAAAAAGCGAAUAUACUCAGUAGCCUAGUUAAUGUGGAUUGAAAGACUAAUAUUAAUUUUCAGCAAGUGAAUUGAAACAGUUGUAAUCAUGCCACCAAAAAAGAAAGGAAAAAAGAAGGGAAAGAAGAGCGGAAAGAAGAGUGGAAGAAAAUCAGCCCGAGCAAACUCGGCUCCAUCUGGAUUGAAUCUGACAGAAGUGAGCAAGGAGUUUUUUCUGAUUCAAAUCCGUGACCUUGAGAACAGAUUAGCAAGGUACCAAAGAAAAUGUGACGAACUUGAAGUAGCCAGCUCACAGUUCCAAGCAGAGUAUGGUCAAAUGUCAACUGACAAAAAAGAGAUUGUUUCAUUCCUGAAGAAGCAAUUAGAGCAGAGGCAGGACGAGAUAGCUGAUCUGAAUGACAGGCUGGUGGGACUGCAGCAGGCAAAAGAUGCAGAGAAAGAUGGCUAUGAACAGCAGCUAACACAACUGAGGACAGAAUUCCAAGAAACUAAAGAUCAACUAACUUCAGAAAAUAUGAUAUUAAGUGGAAAGUUGGCUUCACUGGAGGAAUUCAAGGUUCAAAAAGAAGAUUUAAUGGCAAAAUUUGCAGCCAUGGAAGUAGAACUUGAAAGACAACAAACAGGACAUAAUGACAAAAUAUACCAACUAGAAAGAAAACAAGUUGUUGAUAAAGAUAGGUUAAAACGUGAGAUGGUUUUGCGAGUUAACCAAGUAGCCUCUGAAUUUCGCAAAGUCUCAAACAAACAGAUGGCUGAUACAACAAAGCGAACAAUCCGUGAAAAUGUCAGCAUCAAUGCCCAGCUGGCGAAAAUGUCUGAUAAGACCAUGGAACUGAUACAAGAGAAUGACGAGCUGAGAGCAAAAGAGAAAAAACAACGUCAACAAAUUGAUAUGUUAGAAGCUAAUGAGAAAGAAUUGGCCAAGAAAAACCACAGUAAUCAAAAGGUUAUCCGGAUGCUAACAGAAAAAGCAAAAGGACAGGAAUCUCUCAUUAUAGAACAUGAGGAACAGGAAAAGGAGUACUUAGAUUUGGAGACGGAGGCUCAGUUACUACGGAAACAGGCUGAGUCUUCUCGUGAGGAAUUGCAGGCAAUGGGCAAAGAGAUGGAACAUUUAGAGGAGGAUCUAGAAAUGACUAAAAAACAACAUAUUGAAACAAAGAAGAACAAAGAAAACAUAGAGCGAAUCCUGUCUGAAGCUGCUUAUUCAUUACAUAGGAUAUUAAUGAUGAAGGGGUCUGGAGAUGAUGUGUUAACUGAAGAUGACUCGGAAGGUAUCGAGCAACGUGACAGCAUGCUGGAAAAUCUCCUUAUCAUCCUGAAUGAGGCAGCUGUUAUUGGUGUAGGCCCAUCUCCUGGGGAAUUUAUCAAGGAAGAGGCACCUACUUACAGGACAAAGAGCUGUGGAUCAUCAUUCCCAGGUUCAAGGGCAGGAUUAAAACAGAGAUCAUUCCCAUUAACACCUGUAAGCAGAGCCAUAAAUUCUUUACCUCACUACAAGAUUGGUGAUCUGGGACUGGUACCGAGACCAAAGCCAAAAUUCUAUGGAUCUGACAAAACGAGACAGCUUUCAGCUACCAGCCGACUCAACCGACUGCAGGGUGUUAAGAGCCGAUCUGUUGGGGUGCAAGCUGCUGAUGCAGACUCUAAGCUUGGAUCAAUAUCAUCUCAGUUCCCAUUAGUUGCUAGUAAAUCAUCAAAAUCUGCCAUUUUUCAUGAGAUAGCAGUGACACGCCCUCCCCUUGGACCAAUCAUGACCAAAGGAAAGUUUGUGCGCUGAACCUAUGCACCAGAAGUAUUCCACCUUUAUAUAUUUUUUAAUCUAUUGAACAAAGCCAGCACUACCCAGUGAUGUACAGUAUAAUAAUUCUACAUAUUUUAAAAACAAUUAUUAAAUAAUAUAUUUUAAUAAUUAUGCCAAAUUAUGUUCUGAAUAUUCGUGGAUAUUACUUUGAUCUUAAAAUAUAUUUAGUGAGUCAAUAUUGUAUGUAUGAUAUAUAUGUAAAUAUUAUGUAUCCUGUUGUGUAGGAUUGAGUAAAUAAAAUUUGAAUACAAUGUGCUAAA